UACAAAAUCUAAAAUCUGAAAAAAUGAGAAGAAGCAAGCGUCUGCAGGCGAAAAAAACUGUAACUUCUUCCGAAAAUGAAGGAAGUAGUCAAGAUGAAACUGGAGUUAUUGAAACACUUGAGUCCACCUCUAAAGAAAAUGAUUACAUUGCGUUGAAAACUACAAACAGUGAAGACGAAGAAGAGAAUGAUGAACAAGUUUUCUGUGUAGACAGGAUAGGAAGUUCACAAGAUGAGCUACUAGCAAAUGCAGGGAAUUCUUCAUCUCUCUCUGAAACAGAUGAAUUUCUCAGUAUUCCAGACGAAUUUAAACGAAAAGUAAAAGAUCCUUCAGAGCUGUCAUCAGAGCUACAAGUUGGUAUCAAUACACAAGAUUUAUAUCUCAAGUUUGACAAAAACAGCUUCAAACCUGUCACAACAAGUAAAAGCUUCGAUGACAUCUGUAAUAACAGAGAGCUGUUGAAAAGAAGUGUGAUCACAAGUGAUUUUGAAAAACAGCAGUCUAUUCCCCCAAUGCAUGUUUCCCGAUAUGCUCAGAAAAAACAGAGGAAGAAAGCUAGAGAGGAGACUGCAGGACCAAUGUGGUUUAAUCUUCCAGCAACUCAGAUUACACCAGAGAUUGAACGUGACAUGAAGUUAAUGAAGAUGAGAAAUGUUUUAGACAAGAAACACCAUUACAAGAAGAACGAUUCAUCAGCGUUACCCAAAUAUUUCCAGAUUGGUACUGUUGUGGAGGGUACAGCAGACUUCUAUUCCUCUCGUAUUCCAAAACGGCAACGAAAGACUAACAUGAUAGAUGAGCUUCUUGCAGAUGCUGAAUUUAGGAGAUACAACAAGAAAAAAUACCUAGAAAUACAAGCUGCAAAACAAAGUGGAAAGAAAGGGUUUUAUAAACAGAAAAAGGACAAAAGAAAACAAACUUCAAUGAGAAGUUGAGGCAGUGACUUUGACGCUACAGUAUUUUUAUGGUUAUGAAGGGCCACUUUUCAAUUAUUUAUUCAUUAUAAAACAGUCAAGAAAUAAAUGUAUUUUCCUCAAUAGUGGGGACCAAAGAUCAAGUUGUCAAAUUAGUAAGUAAACAUUUGAAUGUUAUUUCAGAGAAAUUCAAUUUUAGAUCUGCAAAGUUUUCAGAAACCCUCACCUAAAAGGUUAUGUCUACAAUGAAAUUAAGUCAAUCUUCUUGACUGGAAAACCUUACUCAAAGGAAGACAGGGUGGUGUAUUGGGCUAGCCUGAGCUAUCACACAUUAAUAUGAAAAGAUAUUGGGAUGAAAGUAAGUAAAUAAUACUCUUUCAAUAAAUCCAAAGCUUCCAUCUUGGAAUUUGUUGGAUGUGGUCAGAUUAGUUUAUUUCAUUCUCCAGCUCUUUUUCUAGAGAUAA